GUGCUGGGAUUUGAACCUGGUGCAUGCUAGGUUAAGUGCUCUUAUCACCGAGCUACACACCCAGUGCUUGUAAUUAGUAUUCUUUAAGAUGCAUGUGUAUUAAAUUUUUUUAUUAGAAAAUAAUCUUUCCUCAGACUCUGUAUUGAGGGAUAUUAUUGAAAGUCAUGCCAAGAUAUUUUAUGUGUUAAGAUUUUAAAUUACUUAGUGAAGAGACAUAAAUAUAUACUGCACCUGGAGUUUUGGAGAUGACAGUUCUGACCUGUAAACCCAGCACUCAGGAAGCAGAAGCAGAAUUAGUGCAAGGCCAGCCUCAGCCAGAUAAUAAGUUUGAGGCCAGUUUGGGGUAUCUGCCACCAUGUUUCCAAAAAACCUCAAAAAUAGAAAAUAAAAGGUUUUAGGGUCGGAAGUGUACUCAGUGGUACUGGCAGUUGCCUAGCAUGCAUGAGGCCCUGGAUUCGUCCCUCAGCACCACAGAAAAUUUAAGUUUCUUUAACUGGAGUGUUAAAUUUGAAUGUCUGAAGCAGGGCUCAUUGUGGCAUUUUUGAGCCCUAGGCCCCCUCUACCUUUGUAGCCCACUUUCUCCUCCAAAAAACUUAGAAUUCCUAUUUUUCUACUGCAUUUGUAUGAAAACAUUUUGAUAAGUGUUAGCUUUUUUCCUUGUGAUUUUAAAAUAAAACCUUUUCAUGAACCCCAGUAAGAGGUUAAGAGUAACAUUUCUGAGCGGCUGGUGGUGUCCUGUAGUGCAUCUGUGCAUCCUAGCAUCUGUGGAACCUUUUAGCAGUUGGGGCGUCUAUAUCUGUUCUGAGUAUGUUGCUUACACACACACACACACCUGCCCCUUCGACUACUAGUUGCAUCACUUGUUGGGGCGUCUAUAUCUGUUCUGAGUAUGUUGCUUACACACACACACACACACCCGCCCCUUCGACUACUAGUUGCAUCACUUGGUCCCAGCAUUUCUGGAUUGGAGUUGGCAGGACUCGAUUUUGCACACUAAACUCGCCUAAGUGUAAGUGUGGAUUGAAGUAACUAAUCCCGGCUAAUGGAGCCGGACACGAGUUCACAUCUUUUGUUCUCCCCACGUAGUGAAAUUUUGCUCUAAGUAUGUGGCAACUGAUAGUACCAAAGAUUGAGAACAGCCUACAUGGACACUCGUAAACAAUUCUAACCAAUUGUGGGGCGGCGUGUAGAGGGUAAAGAUGGCUGACGCUGAAACCGUGUGGUUCCUUUCACUUCAUCAAAGCCACAUUCCCCAAGAGAAGGAAACUGCGAGGAGCUGCUCCAGGUCGGGCUCCGCUCCACUCUGACGCUCGCAAUCUACCCCGCUCUCCUCGCGGACCCGGAAGUCACGGCCUGGAGGAAACGUCUAGGCUAGGGUCCCGUCAGUCUGCGGCGCUCUGGCUUCAAGUUCCGCCUAGGGGCUUCCCUUCGCGCCCCACUGGAGAGUUCCUUUUAAAUGCCGCUCAGGAGCCGGAGCGGAUCGCUUACGUGCCCGUCCCCACGCCCUCGGAGGGCCGGUUCUUCUGGAUUGGCUAGAGCUCCUGUCCGUCAGUAGUGACGUACGAGUUCGCCGGCCCGGGCCCCGCCCUCUUCCGAGAGCCCCGAAAACAAUUUUAAGAUGGCGGCGGCAGCGGCGCGGAAAACAAUGGGGCAGGGGCGGAGGGGACAGGCCAAGGCCUGAGGCGGGCCGAGAGCGCCGGCCUGGAGUCGGGCCGAGCGGGGCCGGAGGCAGAUACGCCGCCGUGCGUGAGCGCUCCGCAGCCCGCCGGGCCAUGGCGCGGCCGUGAGGCGGACCGGGGCCGCCGGGAGAAGCGGAGGAGCCCGAAGUGCCAGCCGGCGCCGAGAGGCCCGGGCCCGGCCCGUGCCGCCAGCGGCCCAUGGUGCUGCCCACCUGCCCCAUGGCGGAGUUCGCGCUGCCGCGGCACAGCGCGGUCAUGGAGCGCCUCCGCCGGCGCAUCGAGCUGUGCCGGCGCCACCACAGCACCUGCGAGGCCCGCUACGAGGCCGUGUCUCCCGAGCGCCUGGAGCUCGAGCGCCAGCACACCUUCGCGCUGCACCAGCGCUGCAUCCAGGCCAAGGCCAAGCGCGCCGGCAAGCACCGGCAGCCGCCCGCCGCCGUCCCCGCGCCCCCCUCGGCCCCGGCGCCCGCCCCGGCCGCGCGUCUGGACGCCGCCGAUGGCCCCGAGCACGGCCGCCCGGUCGCGCAUCUUCAUGAUACCGUGAAGAGGAAUCUGGACAGCACUGCCUCCCCUCAGAAUGGUGAUCAACAGAAUGGCUAUGGAGACCUAUUUCCUGGGCAUAAGAAGACCCGACGGGAGGCCCCUCUGAGUGUCACUGUGUCUGCCAAUGGGCUUCCUCCAGCCUCACCCCUUGGUCAGCCUGACAAGCCCCCUGGGGGAGAUGCCCUGCAGUCCAGUGGGAAGCUCUCUCUGGGGCUAGACUCCAUCAACAAAAAGUGUCUGGCAGACUCAAGCCUCCACCUGAAUGGAGGCAGCAACCCCAGUGAGUCAUUUUCUCUGAGCCUGAAUAAAGAACUGAAGCAGGAACCUGUGGAUGACCUGCCAUGCAUGAUCACUGGGACUGGAGGCUCCAUCUCGCAAAGCAACCUCAUGCCUGACCUCAACCUUAAUGAACAGGAGUGGAAAGAGCUCAUUGAAGAGCUGAACAGGUCGGUGCCUGACGAAGACAUGAAGGACCUGUUUACUGAGGACUUUGAGGAGAAGAAGGACCCAGAGCCUUCUGGCUCUGCCACACAAACCCCCUUGGCCCAGGACAUUAAUAUUAAGACAGAAUUCUCUCCAGCAACCUUUGAGCAGGAACAGUUAGGCUCUCCACAAGUGAGGACUGGGUCUGCAGGACAGACCUUUCUGGGGCCUUCAUCUGCCCCUGUAGGCACAGAUUCCCCAAACCUUGGAGGCUCUCAGACCCUAUUCCACACCUCUGGUCAGCCUGGGGCAGACAAUCCCAGUCCGAACCUGAUGCCGGCAUCAGCCCAGGCCCAGAAUGCACAAAGAGCCCUUGCAAGUGUGGUGUUGCCUAGCCAGGGCCCAGGAGCAGCCUCUGAGCUAUCCUCUGCCCACCAGCUCCAACAGAUGGCUGCCAAGCAGAAGCGUGAGCAGAUGCUGCAAAACCCACAGCAGGCUGCCCCAGCACCUGCCCCGGGCCAGAUGUCCACAUGGCAGCAGGCAGGGCCCUCCAACAGCCCCUUGAAUGUCUCGUAUCCCAUGGAGAAGCCUGCCAGCCCUCCUGGCUAUAAGCAAGACUUUACCAACUCCAAACUGCUUAUGAUGCCUAGUGUGAACAAGAGUUCCCCUCGGCCAGGAGGCCCCUACCUCCAACCCAGCCAUGCAAGCCUGCUGAGUCACCAGUCACCGAGUAACUUGAAUCAGAAUUCCCUGAAUAAUCAAGGGUCUGUGCUAGACUAUGGCAAUACAAAACCCCUUUCUCAUUACAAAGCAGACUGUGGGCAAGGCGGCCCUGGGUCUGGCCAGAGCAAGCCUGCCUUGAUGGCCUAUCUUCCCCAGCAGCUGCCUCAUCUGAAUAAUGAGCAGAACUCCUUGUUUCUGAUGAAGCCAAAGCCAGGAAACAUGCCCUUCCGAUCACUGGGUCCACCUGGCCAGGAGCAGAACUCUUCGAGUGUCCCUGUGCCAGCCCAAGCUGCCAGUGUGGGGACCCAGCCUCCAGCUGUGUCCGUGGCCAGCACUCACAGCAACCCCCCAUAUCUCAGCAGCCAGCAGCAGGCAGCUGUGAUGAAGCAACACCAAUUGCUCUUGGACCAGCAGAAGCAGAGGGAGCAGCAGCAAAAGCACCUGCAGCAGCAGCAGUUCCUGCAGAGACAGCACCUUCUGGCCGAGCAGGAGAAGCAACAGUUUCAGCGCCAUCUGACUCGCCCACCUCCUCAAUACCAAGACCCUACACAAAGCACCUUCCCACAACAGGUCGGACAGUUCACAGGAACUGCUGCUGCUGUGCCUGGCAUGAACAGCUUGGGUCCAUCUAACUCCAGCUGUCCUCGAGUGUUCCCUCAGCCUGGGAAUCUGAUGCCAAUGGGCCCUGGACAUGCUUCUGUUUCCUCCCUCCCCUCCAACUCAGGCCAGCAAGACCGGAGUGUGGCCCAGUUUACUGGAUCCCAGAGCAUGCCUCAGAGCAGCCUCUAUGGUAUGGCUUCCGGCCUAGCCCAGAUAGUUGCCCAGCCUCCACCACAGGCCACCAGUGGACAUGCCCACAUUCCACGGCAGACCAACGUGGGCCAGAACAGCUCGGUUCCAGCUGCCUAUGGACAAAACUCUCUGGGAAGCUCUGGCCUCUCCCAGCAACACAAUAAGGGGACCCUGACUCCUGGUUUAACAAAGCCACAAGUCCCAAGGGUGUCAGCAACCAUGGGUAGCCAGAAUGCCUCAUGGCAACAUCAGGGAAUGCCAAACCUGAGCAACCAAACGCCAGGGAACAGCAACAUAAGCCCCUUCACUGCAGCCUCCACUUUCCACAUGCAGCAGGCCCACCUGAAAAUCUCUGGCCCGCAGUACUCCCAAGCCAUGCCCAGCAGGCCCAUGGCCCCCAUGAGCUCUGCAGGUGCAGCAGGGUCCAUGCUACCUCCGGUGAGCACACAGCAGAGAAACAGUGUACCUGCAUCUGCACCUCCUCAGGCAGCCCCACAGCAGGGCUUACCUGGUCUCAGCCCAGCAGGGCCUGACCUGGGGGCCUUCAGCCAGAGCCCCACUUCACAGAUGAGCAGCCGGGCAGGACUGCACUGCACCCAGGGCUACCCUGUACGGACCAUGGGCCAGGAGCUGCCCUUUGCCUACAGCGGGCAACCAGGCAGCAGUGGGCUGUCCAGUGUGGCUGGACACACCGACCUGAUUGACUCACUGCUGAAGAACAGGACUUCUGAAGAGUGGAUGAAUGAGCUGGAUGAUUUUUUAGGGUCUCAGUAACGAAGGGAUUUGUGUAGUAUUUUCAGUGUUCAGACAUCUUGUAUUUUUUGUUCUCAGAUUCAACAAAGAGUAACUACUUUGGACCAAAAGCCCAUGGCCCAGGAAGCUGGACCAGUAGAGCCCAAGCCAUAGCAGAGGCCAACUCUGGUCAGGAUCUGUUGGGCUCCUGAGCCAGCAGCUGUGGUCCUUCGGGCUGGCCCAGUCCAUCACCAUCAUUGCCUGGGAUUGAGAUAGCAGGAUAGGGGUAUGAAAGGUGUUUUCUACCCAGAUGACCACAAACCAGUACUAACAAUGAAGCCCUUCCAUUCAGGCUUAUCAAAAUCUGUGCAUUGUGUUUGGCCCGAGAUUUCUCCACUUGCCUCAAGGCUGGGGACAAAUUUUUGUUGAAAAUUUAAAUAGAAUUAUUUUCAUUUUUAGCAUAAAAGUAAUUUUUUUAAGCUUAAGGUUUUCAAACUGAUUAGGAUAGGUGGUGGUUUAUACUGAUAAAUGGCACUGGAAACCUGGAGUUUCCUUUUGAUUAAGAGCCGUUUUUUAUUCCUGCUCUUUCAGCUUUCAGGGUCACUGGAAAUCACUGCCAUAAGCACAGGCUAUGACUGCAGAAGCCAAAAAAAGAUGGCGACUGAGCCCUGCAAAGCCUCUCCUUCCCAAAGUUGUCUUUCCUAGUUGCCACUCAGUCUUGAGAACAGCCAGGCCCCUGGCAUGGCCAAAUACUGAAAGUGGAGAUUUGGGCUCUGGCAUCCUUGUGGGUUCUGAGUCCCAGCCUUCUGCAGUUUCUCCAUCAACCUGAAAUAUAUUUAACAUGAUAGAAGUAUUGUCAGUCUUCAGUUGUGCACAGAUGUCUUUUCCUCAACCCUGUCAGCAUUUCCUACAACCUUUCUUUCUGCCUCCCCUUCGUCCUCUCUUGGCUAAAAUGGGAAACAGUGAUUUACUACAUUGGAAGAGGAAAAGAAAGAGGAAAAGUUCCCUUAGGAACUCCUCAUGUUGUAAAGGUUUGGGGAAAGAAGGCUGCAGGCCAGCCCAGGGCAAGGAAUUACACUUUGUUUGCCAGAUAUCUGCUCCUCCUACAUCAGGUGACUUGCACUUUUAAAGAUGGCUUUAUAACACUAACUCAUCCUUUCUAAAGAUUCAAGUGAGUUCUCUUUGAAGGUCUAUUAGUUGAUGGACUUGUCUGAGCAGAGAACCCGCAGACUAGAGUAUGACACGUGGGCUACCACAGAAAGCAAGAGCAAGCACUUGUCCACCUCAGCUGCACGAUGGUAAGCACAGAGUGAGACCUUUUAACACAGGAUGGAGGGAAAGGAGUUUGCUGAAGAGGGGAGAAACCACAGCUCUGCCUGUUUCCCUGAGGUCUCAGACCAAGGAGUACCGGGUAAGGAACUGAGCCAAGGAAAUUACACGACCAGCCUGGAGGAUGAAGGGUGGGCACAUGGAGGUAGCCAGUUUGUACCGGCAGUGCCUUUUUUGAGGGUACCUGUGCUCUCAGGUCUUUGUCUCUAUAGCCAUUUGCCACCACUGGUGGUGUGCGGGCCAUUUCCCCUUUCAACCACCCUCCCUGCCUUCCCCAGACAUUCAAUUCAGCUCUCAGAGAAGGAGGUGAAUCAUAAUGCGAGUGAAGACUCCACCCUCUUGCCAGGUUCCCCAAUCGCAGGGGAAGAGGGUGAGUGACUUCAGCUAUUCUCUACCAAAAAUAGGGCCGAAGGCUGGUAAUGGACCCUAGUUCCUCCUCUGGCCUCCUGUGGCUGCUUCCCACCUCCUGCCUCUGUCCCCCCCAAGGGCGCUCACAGGCCCCAGCACCCUGCCUUAGGCCUGGGCCAGCCACACAGGCAGUAGGCGGCUCACUUGCUGCAGUGUCAUAGCAAUAAAAUGUGAUUGUUGGGGUCUUCCCACAGAGCUGCCCACGGCUUUAUUUAUGAAUCUGGUUUUGGGGAGUUGGGAAGAGGUGACAGCUUAGCACACAUCCCCCUCUUCCCAGAGCCAUGACUCAGAAGAAAAGGGUGCUCGGACUUUCUCAUACACAUGUGCUUUGUGUAAAUAAAUGUUUACAAUUUUAUAUUGAAGAUGAAAUAAGCGUUAGAGCGUCCCACUGUAUAUUUUUUACUUUUAUAGAUUUUAAAAUUAUGAUCCUUUAUAUAUGUGUUUUGGGGGAGCUAUGAUGCAUUUUAUGGCAAACAGUUGAUGUUAACUUUUUAUGGUCAAAAAUACAUAAAAAUCCUAUUAACCCCUUAUUCUACCUUCAGCUCUGUAUACGCCAAAAACAAAUCUUUACUUUUCUUGUCUUACCAUUAUAAUAAAAAUAUUUUACUACUA